GACGGGGUUUCCCCCUGGAAGACCCGAGGAGGAGCCCGAUCCAGCCGCCGCAGCCGUCGAGGGAGCAGAGAGCGCGGUUAGGCACUUGCCUUCUGUCGUGGGCUUCUCGGCCAUCAUGGGGAGCAAGACUCUGCCUGCCCCUGUGCCCAUCCACCCUUCCCUGCAGCUCACCAACUAUUCCUUUCUGCAAGCCUUCAAUGGCCUGCCCGCCGUCCCUUCGGACCACCUGCCCAACCUCUACGGCUUCAGCGCCCUCCACGCCGUUCACCUCCACCAAUGGACCCUGGGCUACCCGGCCAUGCAUUUGCCUCGCUCGUCUUUUUCCAAAGUGCCCGGCGUGGCCAGCCUGGUGGAUGCCCGAUUCCAGCUGCCUGCCUUCCCUCUCUUCCCCCACGUCAUCCAUCCUAAGCAUGAAGCCACCAACAUGCCUCUCAAAGCCAAGCCCAGAUUUGAUUUCGCCAACCUGGCCGUGGCAGCUACGCAGGAGGACCCUUCCAAACUGGGACAGAUGGAGAGCCAGGGCUCCCCUCCCGGCCUGGGCUCCUUGCUGGAGGUCACCAAACUUUCCCCGGAGAAGAAGCCCACCCGCGGGAGGCUACCUUCCAAAACCAAGAAGGAAUUUGUGUGCAAAUUCUGUGGCAGACACUUCACCAAGUCGUACAACCUGUUGAUUCACGAAAGAACCCACACAGACGAAAGGCCGUACACAUGUGACAUUUGCCACAAGGCCUUCCGAAGGCAAGAUCACUUGAGGGAUCACAGAUAUAUCCACUCCAAAGAAAAGCCCUUUAAAUGUCAAGAAUGUGGGAAAGGAUUUUGCCAGUCCAGGACUCUAGCUGUUCACAAGACACUACACACACAAGUAAAAGAACUGAAACCUUCCAAAAUGAAAUGCUAAAGCUUCUGGUGCCUCCUGUGAUCUUCAUCCCCCGACCAUUCUGCAUUCUAGACCAAAAUUCUCGACAGAGACAACGGGAAACACGGAACAUUGUUAAUUUAAAUUUUAAAAAACCCAAAGAGAGUUGAAAAACACACACACACACACACACACAAGCCUUCUCUAUAUCCAAAGACAGACAGCCUUUCCAGAACCCUGGUGUUUCCGAGUGUAAGUCUUGCAUGACUCCACUAAACAUUACGUCAAAAGGUGGUGCUCAAGUAUUGAAGAGGAACCGUCGCCAUUGACUCACACCGAAAGCGGCUUCUUGAAGUUUUUUUGCUGAAAAGAAAAAGCUACCCUCCUGUGGGUGUGUGGGUGGGUGUUUCUGCGUGACUAUUUAAAAGUUCAGAAUUCAUACACUUGAGGAGAAGAAAUGGCUCAAGUAACUGACUGCACAGUUGGGGCACCUUGAGAUUGGAAGGACAACCCACAGACAAACUGUGUAUGUGUGUGUGGGGGGAGGAAAGAGGGCUCCCCCCAAAUGGCUCUCCUGUCCCACAGAACAGACCCUUGCUGUUCUUUACAGAAUUUAACACCUUCGUUGUCUUCCAUCCAUCGGUGGGUUUCCUCCUCUACACACACUCUGGCAAGCAUCCUGGGGUUUUUGUUUGUUUGGCUGCGGGUCUAGUGCCUUGUAAUUUGUGGAUUUAUUUAAACAAAAACAAAACAAAGCCGAUGCAAGGUGAGAAAGGGGAAGCUUGACCACAGUAAAUCAAAGUGACUGCUGUGCACAGCAGGAAGCGUAGUGGUACUUUCAAGUUGGCCGGGGUGUCCGGAUGGCUUUGUGGGGGUGGGGUUUGACCGAGCUCAACCGGAGAGUUUAUCUGAAGUCAUCUUUGUGUUGUUUUUUUUCUUCUUAACAGUGUAAAAUAAUAAUAAUAAUUGAGACAUUCCAAUAUGUUUUGGGUUAAAGUUAUUGCUAUUUGGCACUUUAUGCUGAUUCUUGAUAAUGAACAUUUAUCACUGGAUUUAUUUGGUUUUGGUUGUUUUUUUUUUUUAAGUAUUAAAAUAAAUCGGUAUU